AUGUCUUUCCUUACACGCACCGUCUCCCGCUUCUCUGCCCAAGCAAGCAGCGGUGCCAGAACCUUUUCCACGACGCUCGUCUCGAGAAAGAUCGUCCCGGAUGCAGUCAAGGAGCCGGUUAAGAAGAUGGACCGCGCUGUGAGCGAUAAGUUAGUUGAUGGUAUCGAACUCGGCCAAACCGCGGCACAGAAAGCCAAAGAGGUGGCUGGCAUGUCGAAAGGUGAAGUGAAGGGUAAGGCGCAUGAGGUGGCGGGUGAAGCUAAGGGAAAGGCGAACGAGUUGGCGGGUGAGGCGAAGGGGAAGAAGGAAGAGAUCAAGGGGAAGUUGUAAAGGAGUUCUAUAGAGAGGUGGGGAGAGAAGGUAUAACGCGUUUGCGGAAUGAUGGCAUGAGGGGUCCGGUAUAGUCCCGGCGAUAGGGGAGCGAGGUGUAUGAUAUUUGCUGAAUGCAGUGGGAAUUCAUUUGCAAUACUUGGUUCAUAUUUAUUGAUUUGAGGUUGCUCAGGAAAUAAGGUUACCCGCUUUCGCGAGCCCCCUUAAAAAACAAAGUGCAACCCUUUAUCCAAACCCUCAAAAAUUAAGUCAAGGAAAUUAAGUCCAAGAAGCAAAAGAAAUCCUUUCGGACCAAGAAACUCAGCUUUCGCUUGGUUUACUUGUGGCAGAGCAUAUCAUCCUCACACGCCGUUACUCAAGUCACUACGUUUGGUAGAUAGUUUUCGCUACCUUGGUAGAAGUUAGAGCCGGG